AUGCCAACUCCAUCUAUAUCUUUUUAUAAGAAAGAUUAUGAAUCUAUACAUAAAGAAGAGUAUAAACCAAUAUAUAAAAAAGAGCAUGAACCAAUGUAUGAAAAAGAUUAUGAAUCAAUAUAUAAGAAAGAGUAUAAACCAGAGUUACAAUUAGAUAAAUCUGAAGUUAGUGAAUCAUCACAAGUACAAAAGUCAAAUAGCAGUAAUUCUACAUAUACUAG